CACUUCUGUCAGCAAAACAACUAUCACUGUUGCAGCCUCUGUCGUUUGUAGUGCUGUGACUGUCAUCUUCGCCCUCGUCUGCCGAAUCGUUGUCACGAAGGAAGAAAUAAAGACUUUGUGCCGGACCCGCCCGCUGGACUACCGAACAAUACCUUGCAAGCCUUUUCAGCCCAAAGCCGACGGACCUUGUUACUCCUCACGCCCACACAUCCUCCUCAUCCGGGAGGCUGACGACACCGCUCGGCAACCACCGCAUCACCUGCGAGCUAGACAUUGCCCAAGGACGGCAGCGUCGGAUUGUACAGCAAGCUUUUUGCUACAUUCAUCUGGUCGCUUUGUAUGACCAUUUUGCCUUGCGGCUGCGGCGCUUCUCUCCAAACAUGAACGUUUUACUCUCGCCACAGCCGCACGUCCUACCUCACUACCACGAGAGCCCUCGCCAGUCACCGCAGCGAGGUGAAUCUCCACUGCACGCCAUGUCGAACCGAAAGCGAAAAGCCGACGACGAUGGCGAUGAGGCCAUGUCAACGUCUCCGUCCAUCUCCCAUCGACCUCUUGCACGCCCGUCCAAGAAGGUGCGCAACAACGAUGCUCUCGGCAGGUCCUUGAGGCUGCCACGUCUCCUGGAGACCCUGGAUGCCGAUCAGCUGCGAACGGUUCUGCAGCAUAUCUGCGAGCAGCACAGGGAGAUCGGCCAGGAAGUCGAGUCCCAGGCACCUCGCCCAUCCGUGGAAUGUGCCAUCAAUGUUCUACAGGGCUACCAAGACAGGCUCAAGGCCGCAGCACCGUACGGGGAUACUAGCCCAGAGUACACCUAUCAUCGAGUGAGGGAGAACUUGCUCGCGCUACUCGACGCUCUCUCGGACUUCACUCCUCAGUUCCUCCCUCCCAUCGAGAUGCAAGCUUCACUCUCUCUUCAAUUUCUGGAUGCCGCCACCAACUUCAUUCACGAGCUGCCCGACCUGGAACUGCAAACCUACCGCCACCACAAAGAGAACGCAUACGAGGAGAUCUCGAAAGCCUGGGCACUGGUCAUCAACGAGGCUUCGAAAAAGGCUGGAGGCUUCAACCUGCACUCGAGUGGCUGGGAUGCCACACUGAACCGCCACAACUCCCGCUCAGACGGGCGGUUAGCCACCGCCGUGGCAGCCAUGGGCGAGAACGUCGGGUGGAUCAAGCAGAACUCGCAAGCAGCUGAUCAAAACUCGAUUCUCAACCAGCUCAUGUCUGGUUCAUACGGCAGUCCCGUUCGCGUGGGGCCAUGGUAGCGCCAUCGCCCAUGCUUUCACAAUGGUUGGCCGAAUCACCAGUAAACAAGACGCACGGCCUUUUACGACGUCACGACGACUCUGCUUCCGUCAUUUUUGCACAUUCCCACCCGGCGUUCACUCGGUCUCAUGCAUAGAUUGGAGAGGUACAUCACUCUGACCGGUCGGAAAUGACUUUACGGGCGUUGCACUGUAUUCACGAUGUACCAAUUUGGUCGUCAGAUGGCAUUCAGCGGGUUCCUUUAUAUCAGAAUUGUUUGUAGCCAGCUCCCUGUUGGCGUUCCUUUGUAGCUAGCAAGACAUUUUACAUCAGUUGGUGUGUUCACCUGUGCAAGUGAGUUGUAUGGAUGUGGC